CAGGGGAGGCCUUGGAGCUAUAUCCUGGGCUUGAUGGGUAAACAAUUCGCCGAGAUUUGAUUCUGGGACAUUUUCGCAUGCUGCUCAAUAAACGCGCUUUACCUCGUCAAGACGACGAAAAUUCUUUAUGAUUUCUGAAACUUGUGGUUUAUUUGAUUGAAAAUAAAGCGCGUAAUAUUUCCAGCGUGGUAGAGCACUCAUGAAUUUCUGAAAUGCGAUCGUAGAAGCAGCGUUACACGCGUGAUUCACGCUUUAUCGUAACGAAAAUGAGGUACCAGAUUGACUGAAUUUGCAGCAACCCGUUGUCAGGUCAGCGUAACUUACAACUGGCGAUGGGUUUCCUAACGAAGAAAUCUUAGCCCGUGUUGGUUCAGAUCGUUCAUCUGGGAGCCGUCGAGAUUCUCCCAACAUUUCAGCAGUAGAACUCCCCUUGUUUUAUUUGUCUACCAACGGCCAAGGAAAAUUUUUCGCACGCCGAUCGAGGGCCGAAAAAGGUUUCUGAUGAAUAAUCCAUAUGCGCAUGUUUCAAAGCAGUUUUUACCAUCUUCAAAAGCCAAUUAUCAAGUGUGCCCGCCAUAACCUCUCGUAUGUGAUAGUCAUCUGAAAAUUCAUGCUUUUCAGCGUUGUACUACCUCUUCACCGGCCAAGGAGAUGACAUUGACUUCGGUUGGUUUUUGGAGGAAACAUCGCCUUACAUGUGGGCUGGCGUUGGUGUUGGGCUUGCCGUGGCGUUAUCAGUGGUGGGAGCUGCUAUUGGCAUUUACACAACCGGAUCGUCCAUCAUGGGAGCUGGUGUGCGUGCACCUCGCAUCAAAACCAAGAACUUGAUCUCAAUCAUCUUUUGCGAAGCUGUAGCUAUCUACGGACUAAUUAUUGCGAUUGUCAUAUCCGGCAUGCUCGAGGCUGAAAAUUGGUUGGGAGGUUAUGCCAUGUUUGGCGCUGGAGUAACAGUUGGAUUCGGAAACUUGUUCUGCGGGAUUGCCGUUGGCGUAGUUGGCAAGUCUCUUGAUCGCUCUGGAGCAGCUUUGGCGGAUGCUGCGAAUCCUAAUCUCUUCGUCAAGAUACUAAUUGUGGAGAUCUUCGGGAGUGCCAUUGGGCUUUUUGGAUUGAUCGUUGCCAUUCUCCAGUUGUCCCACGUGAAGAUGGGCGACAAGGUGUGAAACUUCUACGCACAUGGACCCGUUUCAUCCCACCUUGGAUUCAUUCCUGAUUCUUCUGUAUGUGUGUGAGUGAAUGUGGAUGAGCGAGGAUUGUUGAAAUUGUGCGCUGAAUUUGGAACUAGGUCCGGUCAAUUGCUCCAUAUUUUGGGAUUCAUGUGUGCAAUGUGUCCAUUCCUCAUUCCAGAUGCAGCGAUGUUUUUUUUUUUUCAUGUACCCAGGGCUUUUACAAUGCAUGGAUGUUGAGAUAGAGAACUUAUAUGUGGGGGACUAGUCACUUUUGACUGCAUUCUAUCAUCGCGAGGGUUCUAAAGCAUGUAUGAUGUGAGAGGACGAAAAUACAUUAAGGGCCUCCAAAAAACAAA